UUCGUAACAAAGGAAACAGUGUUCAAGAGCUAUAGCGCUACAUAGUUAUGUAUAUAAACAUUGGAGCUGGCGCUAAGAAAGAGACAACGAUAUCAUGUUUUGAAAAGACCAGUUGUUUGCACCAGUUUGCUCGCUCGCGUGCGCCAUAUGCACAUCAAAGCCCCAUGGCCGGUAGAAAGUUUGUUUGUUCAUGCUUGCCCGCUCGCGUGCGCGAUAUGCAAGAAAAGACCCCCAUGGCCCCUGGGUAG